AUGGACAAGGAGGUAGUGGACUUUGAUAGUAUCUUGUGGAGCUCACUUCCGCCAGACAUAUGGGAGAGAGUGCUUUCAUACUUGCCAGAGAGAGCUUUGUGCAAAUUUCGCACCGUUUGCAAGAAAUGGCAUUCGUUACCCACAUUUAGAAGUUUUCGUGAUCUCCGUGCCGAACUGCAUCCGAAGCAACCCACCAUCAUUGUCGCACAUUGUUACAGGUUUGGAGCAGUGUACGAUAGAGAGCAGAACGAUUGGUCGGUGAUCGAUUUUUCGUUUCUCCGGGCUGCAUUUGCUGCCGUUGGCGUUAGAUAUUACAAAAUUCAAGCUGCUGAGGGUAGCUUGCUGGCUGUUUGGUCGGCUUCCAGCAGCGAGAAAAAGAAAGCUGUGGUGAUAUGCAAUCCCGUGGCCAAGACCUGGAGAUAUCUCCCUCCCAUGGCGAUUCACACAGACAUCCGCAUGGUGGUACACAUGGCGGUGGAUAAGAAAACCAGUGGGUUGCGAAUCUUUGUGUUUGGGUUUGAGAAUCGCACCACCAGUGAGCCCUUGUUCCAGAUUUACGACUCGCUUUCGAAUUCCUGGAGCCUCUAUAGUUACCCCUCUCGCAUCCUCCAGUCCAGCCGUCCUCUUUCAGGUGUGUUGCACAAUGAAACGUUUUACGCACUCUUUUACGACAUCGUGGCGCAGAACCACAUCUUAAUGUCAUUCAACGUGGCCGAGGAGCUCUGGACCGAUGUACGCGUUCACUUCCCAAGGUUUUUUGUUACAGGGCAGCUAUUAGUAGCGAACUCACGGCUCUAUUUAGUCACCCCAUGCAAAGAAAUUGGCGGGCAUCCUACGCGGUUCGUGUUGAACCUCGACAUUUCAGAAAUCUGCAUCCCAGCAAGUAAAUGUUCUCGAGUGACGGAGCUGCCGUCAUCGGUGUUCAGCCUCUUAUUUGGCAGCUCUCACAGGGUGUGCCUGUCUUCCUGGGUUACCAUGGUCUUUGAUAACUCUAUCUGCUUUGUUUCGAAUCUAGGUCAGACUAUAGUCCAUAACGAAGUUGCAGAUCUCUGGCAUCCUCUGACGCCAUGUAGCAUUCCUACAGUAGGUCUCUUGUUUGGGUCAUCCUUUACGCUUGACGUCUGUAUGCCUGUGUAA